UUCCCCUAACCGGGCUCAACCUGCUAUAAUCUUGGCUUAUAGAAAUACUGAUAGGCGCUAGGCGCUAGGCAUGGCGUUGGUUAGCUAGUUUCAACCUUAUACUCUAUUCAGGGUCCUGAAAGACAAUAAUGUCAGAGAGAAUAAAGUCUGUCAAGGAUAGACUGAAGCAGUUUGAGCCAGAUGGGACUGAAGCAACAGCCCCGUCCUUGACCUCACCCCCUUCACUGGGCAUGGGGACUUCUGGACAAGCUGAGGGUCAAACUAAUGAACAAAGCUCAGCUAGACAACGAAGAAAGGAUGAGAGGAACAAGUCCAUCCCUACUACUAACACUAGGGACAAGUCAGCAGCACACACCGGGCCACAGUACUCAAGCACGAACAAUCCAGGUUUGAUGAAUUCCUUUGGGAUAUCGGAUCUCCCAAACAGCCCAGUGAGUCUGACGAGUCCCGUCACUUCACCCACGUAUACCUCACCAAAUCCUUACUCCUCACUUCAACUCGAAGAGCGUUCCUCCAAUCGAUUCAGUGACAGAUCCUCUGUUAAUCGUGGUUCAUCGUCGCAGUCACAGUCAGCCGGUGGUGGCAAUACGAGUGAGAAUAUUGGGGGAGGUGGUCGCACACCAGUACCCCCUCUCGAGAGCCAGAGACCUUCUGAUCCCUUCGUCAGGACUCGGAGAAACAAACGAACAGCACAGGGUGACGAGGGUACUUCAAAGGGAAAACCCCACGAGCCAUUGAAGGGCAAGCAUGAUAAACCAAUGCUUAGAGCCGAUUCAAGUGAACUGUCACACCCCUCGCAACCUCCACACACCUCACAACCUACACUAGAGUCCCACCGCCCACACAACCCACAGUACCUGUCCACUCAGUACUCGACCGACUCCCUCCCGUCCAGUCCUCCGUGUAGCGACGAGUACCCCCCCACUCAGACUGAUGCUGGAUCUAACUUGACCGGUAGCCCUUGUCAAGCCGACAACUGUUCAGCAAAUAGUAAAUUUGUCGGAGGAGCUGGUCAUCCAUCAAUGCGAUAUGACCCUGAGACUGGGAAGCCAUCGUUGCCUUGUGACCCUGAGACUGGGAAGCCAGCAAAGCACGAAAAUCUGCUGAAGCAGAUUUCUUCAGCAUCAACUGGUUCAAGUGGGUCUGAUAAACUAUGCCUUGAGGAUUCCAUUCCUAUGGGGGUUUACACUGGAGAGAAGAAGAUCCGAACGCCUUCUUUUAGAAAUCUCAGAGACGAAAACGAUAAAUUGAGGGAAGAAAUUGAACGUCAAAAAGAAGAGAUUAGAGUUCUGUCUGAGGCCGUUGAUGAUAGUAUUGACAAGCAGGGAGGUGGGCAUGACAUUUAUUCAGGGGAUUUCCCCAGUGGACUAGAGAGAGAGUAUGAUCAUGAUAUGGGCGAAGCUAAGAUGGUGACCAAUAGGAGCUCCAUGAGGACUGAUAAGAAGGGAAAUCCUGUGCCCUCGUCAGCUGUCGGUCGACGUGAAUCCCAGCAAGAACACGAACUAAUGCGACAGGUAGUCAGUCUCAAAUAUCAGCUAACAGUGAGAGAACAGGAGGUCAAAGCACUAACUGAACAUAAUGCACGCAAGAAAAAAACAAUUGACACUCUCACCAAAACAGUUGAAACUAAAGACCUUGAAAAGAGAAGAGGCUACCAUAACAAAGACGUGGAUGAAUACUUUGGGCAAGUCACUCAACUAACCAGUCAACUCAGUGCCUUAGAAGAAAAAGACAGUGAGCAUGUGAAAAAAAUUGCCAAUUUAGAAGGAAAAUUGUUCAGAAUGACUGACGUUGCUCGUUUGACAAAAAGAGUUCGCGAUGACAAUACUAGGCUUGAAACUCAAGUGAAGGAACUAACUUCCUCUCUGGAGUCUGCCCAACUGUCGAUUGAUGAGGCUUCGGCUCCAAUGCUUGAGGAGAGCGCUGACACGAGACUAUUGACCCUCGAGGCUCACAAGGUGCCUGAUCUUGAGAAUGAGGUGGAGGAACUAAAGAAGAAGUUAAAAGAUAUCGAGCAGGAUACUGCAAGGCAGUACCAAGACAGACAAAUGAGUCAAGUCAUGGAGAUCAGUCAAAAAGAGGAAAACCUACGCAAGCUGAGCUCAGAGAUGGAGCUUCUCAGAGAAGAAAAUGUUUCAUUGUCGUCUCGUCUCCAAUCACCAACGACCUCUGACCCCACACUCGGUGCUGACUCAUACCAGAUUCUAUUGCAAGAUUCAACUGAAAAAGAUCAGAACAUACAACAAUUGAAGAGAUUAGUUGAAGAGAAACGGAUGCUACUGGAAGUGAAAGCACAAGAACAUCAGGCAAAGUCACACAAUAUGGAGGCUGAAAAUGCUAAACAAAUGGAAGAAAUUAACAAACUCAAGGAUCUAAACAAGAGAUUACGAGACCGUGUUGUUACUCUUACCACUCCUAUUGGCAGCCAAGCAGCAGGAGCUAGUGCAGACACCACUGAAACAGAGGUGCUUCAGCAAGGUGGAGCUCAGUUGGAAAAGAACACUGAGCUGAAUUUGGCAGGCAGUACAAUUGCCCGUCAGAAAGCAAGAAUCAAGGACCUUGAACAGCAAAUUAGAGACCUUGAACCUGGACAGAAAAGAAAAUCCACUGAUAGUGAUCGAAAAUUUGCUAAAGCUACAGUAAAAAUUCAAACGUUAGAAGAGACGAUAAAAGAACUUGAGGAACAGAUAAAACGUGGACAGCCAAUGUCAUCUGGAAAUGGUGGUGAUGGAAACAAAUCAGCCAAGGGGAGAUCUGUGAUUGAUAAGCAGCAACGAAAGAUCCGCGAUCUUGAGCAGCAGAUUCACGACUUGGAAGUUGGGCAAGAGAGUAUGUACCAGGCAAAGGAUGACAAUCAGGCGGCCGUGGACAAAAUGUCCAAAGAUCACCUAGGACUCUUGGAACACUCAAAAUCACAGAGCAAGAAAAUUUUGGAGCUGAGAGACGAACUCAAAUCCUUGCAGGAGUCAAAGAACGGGAUAGAGGCCUCUCUAAGACGUCAACAAGACGAGAGAAAAACGUUGGACUCCGUGCACAAAAAAGUAAUUGCCGACAAAGCUAAACUUGAGCAGCGAGUGACGCAACUACUAGAGCGCCAACGUGACUCCAACUCUUCUGUGAAUCAAAUAACCAAAAUGGAGGCUGACCUCGCCAGGAUAAGAACUGAGAGGGAUGAGCUAAGACAAAUUGUGACUGAGUUCUCCCAGAAAAGUGCUCAUCUAAAGGAGAUGUAUGAACAAUCUCAGCAGAAAUGUGUGGGCCAAACUGCCGUUAUCGAUAACCAGCGAAAGGAACUGAAUGAUCUGAAACGUGAAGCCCCCGGCCUGAAGUGUACCAUCACCAAGCAACACGCAGAGCUCCAGCAAUUGGCCAGACGAAGAGAUGAACUUAUGGGAGACCUCGAGGCUUACAAGCAAACGGCCCAGACGUACCUGGCUGACUUUGAAGAGGAGAGGAAGGACAGAGAGGCAGCUCACUCCAAAAUAGCUGACAUGGAGAACAGAUAUGGUCACCAGCUGGAAGCAAUGAAAAAUGACCUGCAUACGAAAUCCAGGGAAUUAGAUGUGGCAGUUCGUGCUAACAAUGAGCUGAAAGAGGCCAAAGUUCAAAUUGAGGAUCAGAUAACUCGUAUGAGCUACACCGUGAGAGAGAGGGAAGAACAGUACGCGCAGGAAAUGAAGAAACUUCAGGAGGAUAUUCAGGCAAAGACGGCUCAAGUGAAGCAGUACAAGAAACAAGUGGACCAGUUCAGAGACCAAGUGGAGGUCGGGAAAGAACAGGCACAGAUACACAAAGCUCAGGUGGAGUCAACUGUCACACAAACUGAUUGUUUAGAGAGAGAUAACAAGAAACUGACCUACGAGAACCAACAGCUGAUUGGACGUCUACGUCACUUGGAGGCUACCCAGAGUCAACGUCCUGGUGACCGUCAGUUACAGGAGCAGCUUGACAAGUGUGUGCAGACUAUCGAUGACCUCACUAUGAAGAAUGCGAUGCUACUGUCAGAGCUAGAAGAGCUCAAGAAAAGAGGUGUGGUCUCAACUCAAGCCCCUCCCACCAGAUCUUCUGAGUCUAAUACAGCCAGACAAAUGCCAGGGAAUCGGUCAUUAUUGCCAAACCAAGCAGCCAUGCGUCCACCGACACACCCUCCACAGCAGCUACUAGUGCCCCACCCACAACAAGCGCCACACCCCCAACGACUGGACCCUCAAUGGAAGACCCAGUCAGUGGACGACAGCUACUACCAUCGUGGUCAGAGGCUGGGUAAUGAUGGUCGACCAGCACACACUGGCUACGUUGACCAGUCUCACCUGAGUAUGGGCGAGCCACAUCGCCACCACAGGACAGCUGACUUAGGGAGACUCCCACACCCACCACAGCAACAGAGCCCCGCCUACCCUCAGGGACGUAACCUACCACCACCUUCAUCCAAUGCAGACUCUCAGCUGGUAGGAACGGGAGGAACCACUAGAGGACCAUACGGGUACCCCACCUACAGCAACAUGCCGCUAUCUAGUGGCUUUGGACAACAAGGACCUACAUCACUGCCUCCAUCAAUAGGCAGUCCGACUCAUCCCACAUAUGGCCAGGGCUACGGUCGACCGGAUGUGGGCGGGGCAUAUCAACAAACAGACGUCAUAGAGAGAGACUCUCCGCCCAGUUCCUACCAACCACCCUCCACCAGUGCGUCACAGCAGAGCAACGCUAGGAACCAGUUUGCCAAUAAGCAUCCAGGGAUGUCUCACUCCACUGACAGCUACCACAACCAGCCCGCUGGUGGUCAAUAUCGCCCUCAUACUGGUAAACCUAUCCCCACCCCCAGGAUACAGGGUGGCAGCGAGACUAGUGGGAGGAGACCACCCGCACACUAUGGCACUGGACAACAGCAACUGCAUCAAGUUCCCUCCAGUGGUCUGCCCCCCACCACCAAUGCUCAGCAUCGGGUCCAGAGCUCUCAAGUCCCUCACCCUCAACAGGAGAGUCGUGGAGCGGCUGCCGUGAGGUCACCAUUGCCCCCUCAGAUGAGGGCACAGAGUCAAAACUUCUCCUACAGACCCCCGGCUCCACAGCAGUCAGCAGGAAGGAGACACGCUCCAGAAACUAACAGUAGAGAAGAGGUAUCUACCAGCAGUGACUAUUCGACCUCCAAUCAACUGGACAAGAACAUUGACAAGGAGAUUCGACAAGAGGCCCUGAGGGUGGCUAGACAAGGUUCUGGGGAGGACUCCCAACCAGCCGACGGUGAUACCAUUCCACCCGAUCCUAACCUCAUCUGCCCCAGGUGUGGGAGACAGUUUAGAUUAGGAGAGAUACAGAAGUUCAAACGACACGCUGAUAAUUGUAGUCGUUGAUUGAUAAUUAAUUCAUAAUUAUAAUUAUGGCUUAAAUUAAUCAUACAAAAUAUUAUUACGCUUUGUAUGUACAUUGUGAUGUUGUCAGCAAAAUAAAUUUAUGUUUUCUUUUAUUGUUUUUUGUGUAUUGAUUAUUGUUUUACGAUACUA